AUGAACCUUACUCAAGUAGGAAGUGACCAUAGCCCUAUUAUGCUUGCCUCUGACACUACAACCCCAAAGUCUUGGAAGCCUUUUAAAUUCUUUCUAACUUGGUUGAAUGAUGAAAGUUGUACUUCUGUUAUUGAGAAUGCUUGGAGAUUAUAUGUCUCUGGCUCACCUGGGUUUCAACUUGCAAAAAGAUUUCAGUCAACAAAAAAGGAGUUAUCUUUGUGGAAUAGAACUCAUUUUGUUAAUGUCAAUAAAAGGGUUGAUGAUGUUCAAAAAGAACUGGAUGUGUUACAAGAACAACCUCCAUAUGAUGAAAACCAUAACAAGAUUUUAGACAUCAACAAGGAUCUCUCUAAAUGGCAGAAAUAUACAACUGAUUUCUAUCAACAAAAAUCCAGAGACCAUUUUAUCAAGGAUAUGGACAAUAAUAACAAGUAUUUUCACAACAAGACAAACAAAAGAAGAAUGAAGAACAAUAUUGAUUCUCUUCAAGAUCAGAACAAUACUUGGUUACACACCAGAGAAGAAAUAUCUCAGCAUCUUACUUCUCAUUUUAAGGAAAUAAGUACUUCAAUUGUUGUUACUCUUGAUGAAGGCCACUUCAUGCUUAUCUCCACAAUUAUAACUGAUGCAGAUAAUUUGUCACUAACUAGAGUACCCUCUCAUCACGAAAUUCAUGAUACUCUCAAGAGCAUGGAGAACUGGAGUGCACCAGGGCUAGAAGGUUUUCAAGCAGGCUUCCAUAAAAGUCAGUGGAGUAUUAUUGGUGAAGAUGUUUGUCAGAUGAUCACAAGAUUUUUUUAG